AUGCUGGGGAGGACCAACUCCCCGGCUGGUCCGCAGGACCUGUACUCUGCGUAUGAUGCAGCCCUUGAAGAGGGCAUUGGGCCAUACGCCUACGUGAUGCGCCAGCAUGGCUUGGUGCCAUUCCCGGCAUGGGUUCACACGGCGCUGGCUCUCCCUCCCCGUGAACUCGACCACUCCAUCGUCAAGCCGCACUAUGUGCAUGCAGUGCCGGUGCUGCAUGGCGAGGCGGCGUUCUCCUUCGUCGAGUUCGUAGACGAGCAGGGGGAAACCCUGCAUGGACGCGUCCACCUCCUUCUGUCCGUGGCGUCCGCUUGUGCCGCUGAGGACGAAGAGGACCGUGCGGUGGCGUUUGUCCGGCGCUGGAUCCCACAGAAUGUCGAUGAGUGCACGGGGUGCAUGAUCAUGCACCCUGCCGUCUUCGACAAUGGGUACCACGUAGUGCCCAUUGAUGCAAUUCAGAAGACCGUGCACAUGGUGCAGUCGUUUGAGCACCCCACCCGCUGGUUUCUGAACAAGUGGGCGCAGGGUUGCCGCGAGGAGCCCCGUUGA